UAUCAACAAUUUCCGUUUCAUUUCUUUGUUUGUAAUUUUUUGGCAAAAUUAUUCCAUAAAAAUUUUUCAAAAUUUCAGUCCAUCCACCGUAUUAAAUUUAUCAAUAGAAAAUGUCUAUAUUGGGUAGUGAAACAAAAAUUACAAGAAAUUCACAGUUAAAAGAAGUUCUUUCGCAAAUCAAAGAUCUCUUUCGCAAAGGAUUAAAUCGUCAAUUUAGUGGUUGUGUUUUGGAAGCCUACGAUCUCUAUAAACAAGCAACAGAGAAGUUACGUGCCAUUCUUGAUGAUAAAAGACAUCCACUCAAAGGUGAAUUACUUAAGAGGUGGACUUUUCAUUUGAAACACUUUGAGGGAUAUAUGGAAAAUCUGAGUGAUCAAUUGCAUGGGCAUAUUACACAAAGUAAAAUGGUUGAUCAAAUUUUUAUAAAAGAGGAUGAAGUCGGGUAUAGUUAUCAAAACUUAUUUGGUCGUUAUUUAACUGGUGCUGUCAAAGAUAUUCUUAUCUUUGAACCAGAACUUAGUAAGGGUUGUCAUAUAAAAAAUUUGAUUAAUUUCUUCGAGAUGAUAUUGAAAAAUUGCGCAAAUGUUAGUUGCAUUCGCUUGGUUACAAAUAAAAAUGGCGAACUACCAACAACACAAUUAAAUAUAUUGAACCAAGUUUGCUUGGACAUGGAGAGGAAAAAUAUUGAUUUCAGUUAUCGUUUCGAAGAUAAUUUGAAAGACGCCAAAAUCUUGCUAAGUAAUGGAUAUUUAAUAAACACCGGCCAUGGUCUGCAUAUUUAUCAACCUGACUAUGCUCAGUAUUCUCCUGGUUUGUGCGAUUUCGAUUUUCGUAAGUGUUUCAAAUCGAUGAUUAGCAUUUGGAAAUGUAGGCCAUUUGCUGACGGUAGCUACUUGUCAAUUAAAGAAUUGGAACCAAGUACAAGAAAGAAACCAUUAACUAUUGAAAAUAUCUCAAAAUACAAUGAAUACAAAAAUAUGACUGCUGCUGCGGAGUUAAAAAAGAAGACUGCAGUCUCUGAGCUAUCAAUAAAGCAGGGAUCUAGAAGUAAAAUUUAGUUGAUCCUGACCAAUCGAUAACGAUGUCACUGAUUUAAAGUGCUGGAAAAUACGAUGUUUGUAUUUGGAUCUUAAUGCAAUCCCAUGGGCUUACUUCUAAAUGCUUGCAGUGUAUAAAAUAUGUAUUCGGGAUAACACAUUUCGGUACUACUGCUUGUAAGCAUUGAACAAUUGUAUAUGAACUUUUGGAUUUUAAAGCACUCGAUCUUGUCUGAUUCGAUACUUUUGCAAUAUGUAGAAAACCGGUUUCAGAACCUGAAACGUAAUAUUAGUACUGGAGAGGUUUUUUUACUGGCACUACAUGUUUGCAAAAGUAAAUAAUCGGAUUGAUUUUGGGUUCUGUAAAAUUCAUCUUAGUACUGAUGGUGUAAAAUUCUGAAAUAUAUACAUUUCUACUUUGCGGUUCGGAGUACCGAUCACUUAACAAAUGCUACGUGUUUAAAAUGUUUAAAGAGUUCUUUGACUUUUUGUUAAUCGCUAAAUAAUAGUCGACUGAUAUUAAAGAAGAAUAGCGAGAAGAUGUUAAAAAACGCAGUUCAUUAUGGUUACAAUAAUAAUACUGCCUAACAGAACGAUCGAAAAAAUUCGGGAAGAAAAAUUAGUACUUUGGAUUUUGCACCAAUCUCACUUAUAAUGUCAUCCUAAGCAUAAGAAAAGAUGAUGCAUUAGUUUUGAAUUUCAGCUCAAAGUUCAUUAAAGUUGAGGACUGGAAACAUAAGACAACUUUAGUGGGUUAGUUGAUUAUGUGUGGAAAAACCAUUUCGAUUAGUGGUAUAAUAUGUUUUUAAGUAAACUUGGAUGAAUAUAGAGGUUCCAGAUACAUUUAAAAAAAUUAUGAACAGAUGCAGUUAAUUUGGAUUUUUUGUAAAUUUCACAUAAUGAAGAUUCCUUUUAUACCUUGAGCAUGAUUUAAUUUGGCAUAUUAAAUGUUUUACUUUCCUUGAUUUUGACUAAUGUUAGUGUGCAGAAACCUAUUUUUAUGCAUGAAAAAAUAUGGUAUAGAAAGUUUUAAUGAAUUACAUGCUUUCAAUUUAUCCGGAUGUAUACCAAUCUGAUCAUGAAAAUUAUUUUGGAUGAAAUAUUUGG